AUGCGCAUGCUUAUGAUCGUGUCACUGGCGGUGCUGGCGAGCGUGAGCGCACACCCGCACUCCGGCGAGGCGCGCGUGCACUGGCCGACAGACCAACCCGGCGAUGUCGGCUACACUCACCCCGCAAGACACCAUCCCUCUGCUCACGACCAACACAAACAUUCACGCAGCGACGAUGACGACAGCCACUCAGUUCACGAUGUUGACGAGAGCCAUUCACGCGGCCACAGCGACGACAGCCGGUCAGAUGGCGAUAACCACGAGAAGCAAUUUAGUGGCGAUAACGACGACCACCACUCAGGUGCCGAUAACGAUGAAAAUUUGUCCGACCAUAACAUUGAUGAAGAUCAAUCAGGAGAUAAUAAUGACAGACCCCGAGGUGAUUCUAACGGUCCUCAAGGUGACAUUGAAGGUCCUCGAAAUUAUAUUCACGAUCCUCGACAUGGUAUCGGCAGGCCAACAGGUCAUAAUGGCGAACCCCGACGUGAUGUAAGAGGACCCAGAAGAGACAUCUACGGACGUGGAGGUAAUAUCGAUGGACCCCAAAAUGAUGUCGACGGACCCCAAAAUGAUGUCGAAAGACCCCAAAAUGAUGUCAACGGACCCCAAAAUGAUGUCGAAGGACCCCAAAAUGAUGUCGAAGGACCCCAAAAUGAUGUCGAAGGACCCCAAAAUGAUAAUGGUGAGAAUCAAUCUGAGAAUGAUGAUAAUGGUAACCAUGGUUACGACGCGCAUCCCUGA